ACUGUCGUCACCGGUGUGGGUGACCACUCUCGCCUCCACGUGCAACACGUGUACGCCAUUGGGUAGAGGCUGCUGGCGCCCGGCCAGGCGGGCGCGAUGAGCGGGCGGCGGCCUAGUCCUGGGCCCGGAGCCCCAAGCGAAGGCCCACUGCCGCCCGCCGCCGCCCCGCCCUCCCCCGGCUCGGGGCGGAGCCUCCGCCUGUCCGCCCCUUUAUCUGCCCGCUUGUAGCCGGGAUGCAGAGGGCCGCCGAGGGCCGCCGGGUCGCAGUCGGGCCUCCUUUUGCAACUCGUGAGUAGAGGACAGAAGCCAGUCAAGUUUGCCUCACAUCCAUGAACCAGGCCCUGGACACCUGGUCUCAGCCUAGCUUUGCCCGCCUUGCUGUGUGAUCUUGGCUCCUCGCCACGCCCACAGCCAUGGCCACAAUGGUGGCCCAGAAGCUCAGCCACCUCCUGCCCAGUUUGCGGCAGGUCCACCAGAUGCCUCGGCCGUCUGUGCAGCCAGAGCCUGUGUUCACGGUGGACCGAGCCGAGGUGCCGCCCAUCUUCUGGAAGCCAUACAUCUAUGUGGGCUACCGGCCGCUGCAUAGGACCUGGCGCUUCUACUUCCGCACACUGUUCCAGCAGCACAACGAGGCGGUGAACGUCUGGACCCACCUGCUGGCGGCCCUGGUGCUGCUGCUGCGGCUGGCCAUCUUUGUGGGGACCGUGGACUUCCGGGGAGACCUGCACGCCCUGCCCCUCUUCAUCAUUGUUCUUGCCUCCGUCACCUACCUCUCCCUCAGUGCCUUGGCUCACCUCCUGCAGGCCAAGUCCGAGUUCUGGCAUUACAGCUUCUUCUUCCUGGACUACGUGGGUGUGGCUGUGUACCAGUUUGGCAGUGCCCUGGCACACUUCUACUAUGCCAUUGAGCCCGCCUGGCAUGCCCAGGUGCAGACCUUUUACCUGCCCAUGGCUGCCUUUCUCGCCUGGCUUUCCUGCGCUGGCUCCUGCUACAACAAGUACAUCCAGAAGCCCGGCCUGCUGGGCCGCACUUGCCAGGAGGUGCCUUCGGCACUGGCCUACGCACUGGACAUCAGCCCCGUGGUGCACCGCAUCCUCGUGUCCCCCAACCCUGCCACGGACGACCCGGCUCUUCUCUACCACAAAUGCCAGGUGGUCUUCUUUCUGCUGGCGGCCACUUUCUUCUCUGCCUUCGUGCCUGAGCGCUGGUUCCCUGGCAGCUGCCAUGUCUUUGGGCAGGGCCACCAGCUCUUCCAUGUCUUCUUGGUACUGUGCACGCUGGCUCAGCUGGAGGCCGUGGCGCUGGACUACGAGGCCCGGCGGCCCAUCUAUGAGCCUUUGCACACCCGCUGGCCCCACAACUUCUCCGGCCUCUUCUUGCUUACUGUAGGCAGCAGCAUCCUCACUGCAUUCCUUCUGAGCCAGCUGGUACGGCGCAAACUCAGUCUCGAUCGGAAGACCCAGUGAAGGGGGGUGGCAGCUUUUAGGGAGGGAGGUAUAGUGGGGGCCCAAGGGUCUGGGCUUGGCUCCAGAUGGGAACAAGGCCUGAUAAAAUUGCUUGUGUCUGGCCCGCAGUGACUUCUCUGUGCACGCCUCAGCUGCCAAGCGGGGGCACUGGCCAGUCCUUGGAUUUGAGGAUUGGCUGGAGCUGCUGGGGUCCACUUCAGGGCCUGCCCCAGCUCCCUGCCCUGCGAGAGGGAAAGAGAGAGAUGUGGGGCACCCUGGUUUGCCUCCCCCCAUUGCCUCUCAGGGGUGAGGAUGGAGGAUCAGCUGGGGCCAAGACCCUGGCCUGGGCCUUCCAGAUUAUCUCUGAGGGGUUGAAGUUGGGAUUUAGGUCAGAGUCAAAUCUGAGCUGAGAGACAGAGGAAGCGUCAGCAACUGCCCUCUACCCAGAUUUCACUGGUGGAUAGGGAAAGGGCAGGCCCAAAAUAUGUGCAGGAUCUUACCAUUCUUGAACCCCAGCCUGAAGUUUUGGUGCUGCAGAGAGCCCCCAAAGAUAGAAGAUUGUGCCAGGCAGAAAUGGAUCCCAUCCAGUGCCCCAUGCCUCUUCAGCCACUAUCCCAGACAGUGAGCCCUGACCCUCCUACCUCUGGCCUCUACGUCCCACACAUCCUGUUCCCAGUGUCUUUCCUGGUUCCCUUGUUCAUGAUUCAGUGUUUAUCCAUUCAGUGUUUCUUGGGCCUCUGCUCAGAGGCAGGCCACUGACUGGGCUCCGUGGAUCAAUGCAGGAUGGUAAAGGCUUUAAUAUCGGAAUGAACUGUCAGGGGAAGCACUGAGGAGGGAAUAAUUAGUGUUGCCUGGGAUCCUCAGGGUCUUGGGUUGGGGAGGGUGAAUAGGAGUUUACAGAUGGAGAAGAGGAAGGGCAUUCCAGGUAGAGGGAAGAACCUGUCCAAAGGCCAAGAGGUAUGGAAGAAGGAGCUCACUGCGGCUGGAAUUAGGAGUGGUCUGGACUCUCGUGUCCUGGAUACAAUAAAGUGACUGUGAUAAGAGCUGCCUCUUUGCUUUUUGUCUCCUAUCC